AUGAUGUAUAUGUUUCCACAACGACUGAUUCCAUAUGUUGUGUUAACUGGAGCCUUUUUGUAUAAUCUGAGCAUAGGAAUCAUAAACUCAUAUGGCAAUCUGAACAUCUAUCUAACCUCAUACCUGAGAUACAAAGGACAAAAUGUAACAUACAAAGAUGUGUCAUUCAUCUACGAACUUACAGUAAUCACACUUGGGAUAUUCAUGUUGAUUGGAAAUAUGGUUCAAAAGAAAUUUGGGGAGCGCAUAACAAUAUUAAUUUGUUGUUUUACAACAUUUAUUUCAUUUUAUUUAUCUUCAGUAUAUACACACUCUUAUUAUUUGUUAUGUCUAUUUAUGGGUAUUCAAUAUGGAAUUGGCUAUGGAAUCAGUUUUACUAUCCCUCUGUCAUGUGCAUAUAAGCAUUUUAAAAAAAAUCGGGGUUUGGUAAGUGGUAUUGUAAUAUCAGCUAUCUCGUUAAGUCCAUUUUUAUAUUGUCCAUUGCAAACCAUUUUAAUUAAUAGAAAUAAUAUUACACCUGUCACAAGCAGUGAUCAAGGGAAAUCUAAAGAACUUUACUUCGAGGAUACACAAGUGUUGAAUAGAAUUCCUCACGUUUUAUUUAUUCAAUCAAUUAUAUUUUUAAUACUCAGUACUUGUGGUGGUUUUUUCGCUACUAUUGAAGCGAAAGAGGAUGGGAAGAAUUUUAUUAAUAAUGGUAUUACAGAGGAUGAAAAUGGGAAUAUGAAUACAAUAGACAAAGUUUUAUCAGAUGUAGAAAAGAAAGAAGAACAGGUACUUGUAUCCUCUACUGAUAAACAAAAGGGAAUUCAAAAUGAUUUAACAAAUGAAGGAGAUAAUUUGGGAACACGACUAGCCAAAUCUUUAAAGAAAAAAAAAAAAAAAAAAAGAAAUUUUUUUUUAGGGUUAAACAAUGAAGAUGAAGACGAAGAAAAUUUGAACCAAAAUGUCAAUAAUAAAAAAAAGAAUAAUAAUUUUAUUCUUUUCUUUCUAAAUAUGUUAAACAUAAACACCACCAUAUCUUCAGAUAAUAAUUUUCUCAAAUAUUACAAUAAAAAAUGUACAGAAGAUACUCUAUUUUUUUUGUUAUGGUUAUCUGUUGUAUUAUUUAAUUCGUAUAUCAAUUUCGUUAUUAUGUAUUGGAAAAUUAUAGGCAUAACUUAUACCCCUGUCCAAGAUCGAUUCAUAACAUUAAAUGGUAGUUUUAUUAACAGCAUCGCUAAUAUUGCUGGUCGAUUAAUAUGGGGUGCAUUAUAUGAUAAAUUGAAACUCCACCUUACUAUAACUUUACUAGGCUCUUGUAUAUGCUUAGCUUGCUUCCUCCUACCCGUUAUUUCCCAUAUAUACAUUUUAUACGCAUUUACAUGUGCUCUUUUUUAUUUCUGCAUUGGAGGAAGUUUUGUGACUAUACCUAUAAUUACUUUAAAAAAAUAUGGUGAAUUACAUUUUCCUUUGAAUAUGUCCAUUCUUUAUACAACUCGGAUUGCAAACACUUUUUUGUGUAGCUUAGUAGUGCAUCUAUUCUACAACAUCUUCACCCUCCGCUGCUUGAGUUCAGCAUUUGGUCUUAUUUCUAUCGUCGCUACAAUUUCCAUGUUUCUCCUUAUGCACUCCUAG